AUGUUUUUAGAUAUCUUGAGCCAGGUGCGUGUGAAUCUUCCUUUUGUGGAAGUAUUGCAAGAAGUACCCAAAUAUGCAAAGUAUCUUAGAGAUAUUGUGACUAACAAGAGAAGACAUGUCGAGUUUGAAAGAGUUGCACUUACUGAGGACUGUAGUGCUAGAUUACAGAGUAAGCUCCCGCCUAAGUUGAAAGAUCCUGGUUAUUUUACAAUUCCAUUGGCCAUUGGGAAACACGAGGUUGGUAGAGCCUUGUGCGAUUUGGGAGCGAGCAUUAAUUUGAUGCCACUAUUAGUGUUCAAGCAGCUCGACUUGGGAGCACCCAGGCCCACAAUUAUAACUCUACAGCUAGCGGAUAGGUCGUUGGCAGUGCCAAAAGGGAUUAUUGAAGAUGUGCUAGUACGUGUGGGGAGGUUCAUCUUUCCCACAGACUUCAUUAUACUUGAAUACAUGGCAAAUAAAGAAGUGCAUAUUAUUUUUGGGCGACCAUUCCUAGCUACUGGUGGAGCAAUUAUAGAUGUGAGGGAAGGAAAGUUGAAGAUGAGAGUACAUGAUGAGGAAGUCACUUUUAAUGUGUACAAGGCAUGUGAAAGUUGGGAAAGGUGUGAUGGUCGAAGAAGCGCUUAUAUUGACGCACCUACGAAGAGGGAUGUAGGUUGGGGAUGUCCGCAGAUGCGAAGUCCUGGACGCAUCUGUGGGACAGCAGAAGCAGUCACACUGGUGCAGAAGCAAUCAUUCCUCGCAUCUGUGAUGCUGUAG